AUGACGCAGAACAAGUCCCUCAUCUUCAAGAAGAUCCCCACCGGCACCCCAGUAGCAGGCGAACACCUCGUUGUAGAAGACCGGCCCAUCGACCUCGACGCCCCUCUACCCGACAAUGGCAUCCUGGUCCACAACCUCUACUUCUCCUUCGACCCCUACCAACGCGGCCGCAUGCGAGACGUCUCCAUCCCCUCCUACUCUCCGGCUUAUCCACUAGAUCAACCCAUCAAGAACUCCUCCAUCGCCCGCGUCCUGCGCUCCAACAACCCCCGCUUCUCCAAAGACGACCUGAUCACGAACUACAUGUCCGGCAACUUCGAGGAGUACAGCCUCAUCCCGGAAUCCGAGCUGUCGGCGGAAGUCGUCUGGAAACUCGACAACCCCUACGACCUCCCACCGCAGGACUUCCUCGGACCGCUGGGGAUGCCGGGGUUGACGGCGUAUAGCUCGUUCUACGAGAUCGGGCAGCCGAAGCGGGGGGAGACGAUUUUCAUCUCAGCGGCGAGCGGGGCUGUGGGGUCGUUGGUCGGGCAGCUGGCCAAGCGGGAAGGGUUGAGGGUGAUUGGGAGUGUGGGCGAUGAUGCGAAGCUGGAGUAUAUCCUCAAGGAUCUCGGGUUCGACGCUGGGUUCAACUACAAGAGGGAGAGUCCGAUGGACGGGUUGAAGAGGCUGGCGCCGGAUGGUAUUGAUGUGUACUACGAAAGCGUCGGUGGCGCGCAUCUCGAAGCCGCACUCUCUUCCCUCAAACUCAACGGACGCAUCGUCGUCUCCGGCAUGAUAUCCGACUACAACAAGCCCUUUGAGCAAAAAUACGGCGUGCGCAACCUGCAAGUCUUCUUCGAGAAGCGGCUGAAAAUGCAAGGUUUCAUUGUGGCCGAUCUCAGCCCCAAGUACUUUGAAGAGCACCAGAAGAACGUGCAGAAGUGGAUGAAGGAGGGGUCGCUCAAGGCCAAGAUGGCCGUGACUGUCGGGAUGGAUCAGGCGGCUGAGGGAUUGUUGGGGCUGUUUGAGGGGAGCAAUUUUGGGAAGGCGAUUCUGCAGGUGGGGAAGUAA